AUGCCUGCGAUGGAGAGUAUUGGUCGAAGACAGUGCAUCCCUAUCAUUUAUACGAGGGGUACCCAUUAUGAAGUCGGAUUUGAUGUUGGCCGAACUUUCGCCAACAUUAUCCGCAGCUUCGUCAACAGGAGCAAGUCCCUCAACGAAGACUUCUUGCCUGCUUAUGAGACAGUCGAAGGCAGAAGGGCUUACGAAGAUACCCUUGAUAAUCUGAAGAAGAAUUUCCCGCAAUACGUCAGAGAAUUGGAAGGGACUGCUGAUGGCUCGAAUGUCCCUUUUCAUAAGCUUUUUUUAUUGCAUAUGGACAACAUAAUCCUGAGUGCUGUGAAAAAAGAAGUGAUACAUCCCCAACCAGUUGGAUGUUCUUCAAUCUGUGUCAACCAGAAUGACCAGCAACUUCUCGGUCACACCGAAGACGCUCUGGACGACACCCUGAACCACUUCUACUUCGUUUCCGCUCACAUAAUAUCCGACAAACCUCAAGGAAAAUGGAAAGUGAGGGAAGAAAAAUUCACCUCCCUUUGCUAUGCAGGACACCUGCCAGGAUACACGAUGAGCUACAACCACCACGGAUUGGUGUUUUCCAUAAAUACGCUGAGUGCUAAAUACUUAAAACCAGGAAAAACACCUCGACACUUCAUCACCAGAGCCCUCCUGUCUGCCGAAAACUUCGCUGGAGCCACGGAAAUCCUGCGGGACCGCGGCAGCGGAGCGGCGGACGGCUGCUCCAUCAACAUGACCUUUCUGAAUCAGGAAGGCGAUCGGAUGUUCCACAAUGCGGAAAUGGGCCCCGCCGACAAAACGGACGAGUCCCAGUUGAACGUGUUGACGAUCAGUCCGGGAGAGAACACCAUGCAUUGUAACAAAUACCUUCGGCUGAAAAUAGAAGAAACGAACGAAGAAAUGACCAGAAGCAGUGUAUGCCGAAUGACAACAUUCAAAAGUUAUCGUUCACCCAAAAAUAAACAAGAUAUUAUAAAUAUGCUGGGUGACCAUACCAAUAAAGACUACCCCGUAUUCAGAGACGGCCCUGGAGAUUUUGUUAAAACUAUUGCAGUUGGUAUAUUUGACUGCCGUGCAAAAACUUGGACUUUAUAUUCUGAUAACCCAAAGGAAAAUGAUCCACUGGUUGUAUUACCAUUAGAUAUAAAAACAUAGACAUCAAGAGCUGGAGAAUCUAAUAUAU